UGCUUCAGGUGCUCUCUGGAACUUGCUCUGCCACCGCUGCCAAACGAACCAGUUCCAACCUCCUUGACGAUCUCCAAAACUCCCCGAUCCGUGCCUCAACAUCUCCCCAGAUUCUCGCGGCACAGCUUCUACGGUGAUUCCGUGGUUCAAUGAUUUUGACUUCGCACAAGAACAUGCAGCGCCAGCGGCAAGGCCAGCCGGGUGUUUGGGAUUGGGCCCGCGGGGCUGCACCAUGAAGCCCGCGGCUUCGUCUCCAGCGCAGAGUGGGUACCGCGGCGUGCGGCGGUGGAGCUCGGGCAAGUGGACGGCGGAGAUCCGACGGCCGGGGGACCCCAACCGCCACUGCCUUGGCAGCUUCGACACCGCCGAGGAGGCCGCGCUCGCCUACGACCAGGCUGCGCGCCGCGAGUACGGGGGCACCGCGCGACUCAACUUCCCCGAGAGGGCGGCGGCGUGGAAGGCGGCCGCGGACGAGGCGCGUACACCGGGGGCGUGGGCAGAGGAAGCGGAGCGCGCCAUCGCCGGGGACACCGCGGCCGCUGCUGCCGCGGAUGAGGCGGCGGAGGCAGCGGACGCGGAGCUGGCGCCUGGGCGCGGAGGCGGGACGGGGGAGCCAGCGGCGCGUGCUCUGAAGCGCUACCGCGGCGUGCGGCGGCGGCGCUCGGGCAAGUGGGCGGCGGCGAUCCGGCGGCCGGGCGACAGCCAGCGGCACUACCUCGGCAACUUCGACACCGCCGAGGAGGCCGCGCUCGCCUACGACCACGCCGCCUGCCGCCUGCAAGGGCCCGGCGCGCGGCUCAACUUCCCCGAGCGGGCCGCGUCGUGGGAGGCCGCCGUCGCGGAUACAGUGGACGAGGCGACUAUGGCAGCUACGGCGGCGGCGGCGGCGGCGACCGCGGACACGGCUAGUACUAUGACCCCGACAGAAGCUGGGUUAAUCUAUUAUUCCUUCAUCUAAAAGAAAAAUGAGCGGGACAUCAUCGGCCUGCUACAGUUGUUUCACUGUAGGUUUCCAGAGAGUUUCAGAUGCCAGUAUUCGCAGAUCAAGAGCGUCUAGUGUAUGUCCGCUGUGUUCUUGAAAGUUUCUGGCUGAUCGUUCAUGUGCUUUGUUCCAGAAAGAUUUUGC